AUGGCCCAGUAUGGCCCAGUGUGGUCCCAGUAUGGGCCCAGUAUGGCCCAGUAUGGUCCCAGUGUCCCAGAGCGGAUCCGGGCCCAGCUCGAGUUCAGGCGGGCUCAGAGCCACGCGGUGUCCCUGACCCUGGACGAGCGCUGCCACCACCCCUCUGUGGCCAUCCAGGGCCGGUCCCUGCUGGCCGCAGCGCCGGGCUCGGGGCGCUGCCGUGCCCUGGCCGUGGCCCGGGAGGGAUUUUCCUGCGGGAAGCACUACUGGGAAGUGGAGCUGGGCCGGGGCCACAGCUGGGAGCUGGGCGUGCUGGCCGAGGAAAUCCGGGAUUCCCUGCGCCACUCCUGGGGGAAUUCCCAGCGGGAUUCCCUGCAGCAUUCCCCGAAUGAGUCCCCACAGGUUGUGGUCACCAAGGCCACCCUGGUGCUGGCCAGCCCCGGUGAGAGGGAGUGGCUGGGGGGGUUGGUCGGGGGGCUGUGGGGACAGCGGUGUCGUGGGGGUGCGGCCACCAAGGCCAGCAUGGUCCUUGCCGGCCCCGGGCACCCCUUGGGCAGCUUGGGGGGAUCUGGGUGUCAGGGACCCCCUUCCGAGUGCUCAGGCCUGGGACCUUCCCGUGUCCCCGCAGAGCUGCGCGAGGCGGUGGAGGAGGUGCUGCCCGACCUGGAGCGCGACGGGAUCCGCGUCUUCUACCUGAGCUCGGCGUCGCCCACGCCGGGCGUGGAGGCGCUGCUGGGCGCCAUCGAGGCGGCGCCCGACGAGCCCCUGCCCGCCUGGCACCGCGCCGGCGUCACCGGCGACUCCAAGGCCAUGUACAUCUACACCUCCGGCACCACCGGGCUGCCCAAGGCCGCGGUGAUCACCGAGCUGAAGCUGAUGAUGGUGGCCAGCCUGGCGCGGAUCUGCGGCGUGCGGCAGGACGACGUCGUCUACACCACACUGCCGCUCUACCACUCAGCCGGGCUGCUGGUCGGGGUCGGGGGCUGCCUGGAUGUGGGUGCCACCUGCGUCCUGCGCUCCAAAUUCUCAGCCUCUCAGUUCUGGGCCGACUGCAGGCGCUACAAUGUCACCGUCAUCCAGUACGUGGGCGAGCUCAUGCGCUACCUGUGCAACACGCCCCAGCGCCCUGAUGAUCGCGAGCACGGCGUGCGCAUGGCGCUGGGCAACGGCAUGAGGGCCGAGGUGUGGAAGGAAUUCCUGCGGCGCUUCGGGCCCGUGGCCGUCUGCGAGUUCUACGGGGCCACCGAGGGCAACGCCGGCUUCAUCAACUACACCGGCAAGGUCGGCUCCGUGGGCCGCGCCAACAGGUUCAUCCAGCUCUUCGCUCCCUUCGAGCUGAUCCGCUACAACGUGGAGCAGGACGAGCCCGUGCGCGACGAGCGGGGGCUCUGCAUCCCUGUCCCACCCGGUGAGACGGGGCUGCUGGUGGUGAAAAUCACCAAGAACACGCCGUUCCACGGCUACGCCGGCGACGCGCAGAAGACGGAGAAGAAAAUCCUGAGGGACGUCCUGGCCAAAGGCGAUGCCUACUUCAACAGCGGCGACCUGCUCAUGAUGGACAGCGAGAGGUUCAUGUACUUCCAGGACCGCGUCGGCGACACUUUCCGCUGGAAAGGGGAGAACGUGGCCACGACCGAGGUGGAGGCCACGCUGGCCUUGGUGAGCUUCAUCCAGGACGUCAACGUCUACGGCGUGGCAGUGCCGGGGUGCGAGGGCCGCUGCGGCAUGGCCGCCGUGUGCCUCAAGGCCGGCGCCACCUUCGACGGCGACAAACUCUACGCCCACACUCGGGACACGCUGCCCGCCUACGCCGCGCCCCGCUUCGUCCGCAUCCAGGACUCCCUGGAGAUCACGGGCACCUUCAAGCAGUGCAAGAACAACCUGGUCAAGGAGGGAUUUGACCCCGGCACCAUCCGGGACCGUUUGUUCUUCCGCGACGACGCGCGCCGCUCCUACGUGCCCCUGACCCCCCAAACCUUCGCUGCCAUCCGCGACAUGAAGCUCAGCCUCUAGCGGCUUUCUGGGGGUCAAUUUGGGGUUAAUUUGGGGUUAAUCAGGCACUUUGGGGUUCUUCUGAACCAUGCUGGAGCAAGAGGAGGGCCACCUCUGUGCUGUG